CGCCGCGCCGCUUCGCCAUAUGGGCCUUGUCCUCCACCUUUCUGUUUUUCUCUCUGCAGACGCUGCCCUGCUCUCCUCAGCCUCUGGCCUGCCAGCUCCUUGAGACCUAACACCAUGCCUUCAAUUAAGUUGCAGAGUUCUGAUGGAGAGAUAUUCGAAGUUGAUGUUGAAAUUGCAAAACAAUCUGUGACUAUCAAGACCAUGCUGGAAGAUUUGGAAAUGGAUGAUGAAGGAGAUGAUGAUCCAGUCCCCUUGCCAAAUGUUAAUGCAGCAAUAUUAAAGAUGGUCAAUCAGUGGGGCACCCACCACAAGGAUGGUCCUCCUCCUCCUGAGGAUGAGGAGAACAAAGAAAAGCGAGCUGAUGAUGCCCUUGUUUGGGAUCAAGAAUUCCUGAAAGUUGACCAAGGAACACUUUUCAAGCUUAUAUUGGCUGCAAACUACUUAGACAUCAAAGGUUUGCUUGAUGUUACCUGCAAGACUGUUGCCAAUAUGAUCAAGGGGAAAACUCCUGAGGAGAUUCGAAAGACAUUCAAUAUCAAAAAUGAUUUUACUGAAGAAGAGGAAGCCCAGGUACACAAAGAGAACCAGUGGUGUGAGGAGAAGUGAAAUUUUGUG